UGAGCUCUUCACCCUGACCUACGGGGCUCUAGUUACCCAGCUCUGCAAGGACUAUGAAAAUGAUGAAGAUGUGAAUAAACAGCUGGACAAAAUGGGCUAUAACAUUGGAGUCCGACUGAUUGAAGAUUUCUUGGCACGGUCAAACGUCGGGAGGUGCCAUGACUUUCGGGAAACUGCAGAUGUCAUCGCCAAGGUGGCAUUCAAGAUAUACUUGGGCAUCACUCCAAGCAUCACCAAUUGGAGCCCAGCUGGUGAUGAAUUCUCCCUCAUUUUGGAAAAUAAUCCCUUGGUGGACUUCGUGGAACUUCCUGAUAACCACUCAUCCCUUAUUUAUUCCAAUCUCUUGUGCGGGGUGUUGCGAGGAGCCUUGGAGAUGGUCCAGAUGGCUGUGGAAGCCAAAUUUGUCCAGGACACUCUGAAAGGAGAUGGUGUGACAGAAAUCCGGAUGAGGUUCAUCAGGCGGAUUGAGGACAACCUCCCAGCUGGAGAGGAAUGACCACCCCCAGGACUUCAGGGUAGCCAGCAGGAGCACUUGCUGGAAUCAGAAAGCCUCAAUGCUCCUUCUGCCUUCGAGAAUUCAGUGACUCUUUGACGGGUGUUAUAUAUUCUUCUAACCUUGUUUCCAUUCUCUCCGUGUUAAUAAAGAGCAGACUGUGAA